AUGGGUGAAGUUAUUCCCAUUCGCUUCCAGGAACAUGUGCAGCUUCAAUCUCUCGGAAUCAAUGCUGCAAACAUUGGAUUCAAUACUCUGACCAUGGAGAGUGACAAGUACAUUUGUGUUCGAGAAAAGGUUGGAGAACAGAACCAAGUUGUCAUCAUCGACAUGACCCAGCCACAGAAUUUGGUACGUCGUCCAAUCACUGCCGACUCGGCCAUCAUGAAUCCCGUCUCCAACAUCAUUGCACUAAAAGCUGCGAGGCAAUUGCAAAUCUUCAACCUUGAACUCAAGGCUAAAAUUAAGGCUCACGCCAUGAAUGACGAUGUUGUCUUUUGGAAAUGGGUCACUCCCAAGAUGCUGGGUCUUGUCACUGAAACAUCCGUCUAUCAUUGGUCUUUGGAAGGCGAUGCACUUCCUGUCAAAGUAUUUGACCGCCACGCCAGUCUGGCUGGAUCUCAGAUCAUCAAUUAUCGCGCCAACUCGGAUGAAAAGUGGAUGGCUUUGAUUGGUAUCUCGGCUCAGCAAGGAAGAGUGGUAGGCAGCAUGCAGUUGUAUAACAAGGAUCGAGGUGUAUCUCAGCCUUUGGAAGGUCAUGCUGCUUCUUUUGCUCAACUCAAGAUGGAGGGAGGAUCUCAGCCUAAUCAAUUGUUUUCUUUUGCUGUUCGCAGUGCAAAUGGCGCCAAGUUGCACAUUAUUGAAAUCGACCACAAAGAAGGAACCCCGGUUUUCCAAAAAAGAGCAGUCGAUGUUUUUUUCCCACCAGAGGCUGUCAAUGAUUUCCCUGUUGCCAUGCAGGUUAGCCAGAAAUAUGACAUUAUUUUCUUGGUUACCAAGUACGGCUUCAUUCAUCUGUACGACUUGGAAACGGGCGUGUGUAUAUAUAUGAAUCGUAUUUCGGGUGAUACAAUAUUUGUGACGGCAGAUCUGGAUGCCACAUCUGGCAUCAUUGGCGUCAAUCGUAAAGGACAAGUACUUUCUGUUUCCAUUGAUGAAGAAAACACCAUUCCUUAUAUUCUCAACACCUUGCGCAACUCUGAGCUUGCUUACAGAAUUGCUACCCGCAAUAACCUACCUGGUGCAGAUGGACUUGUCGUUGAUAGAUUCAACCAUUGUCUACAGACUGGAAAUUACUCUGAGGCUGCCAAAAUUGCAGCUACAUCUCCAAAGGCUAUUUUACGUACUCCUGCUACUAUUGAGCGUUUUAAGCAAGUCUCUGUUCCACCUGGCCAGAUAUCCCCUAUUUUGCAAUAUUUUGGCAUUCUUCUGGAAAAGGGUGAGCUCAACAAGUUUGAGUCGAUUGAACUUGCUCGACCUGUUUUGCAACAGGGGCGCAAACAGUUGCUUGAAAAAUGGUUAAAAGAAGAUAAGCUUGAUUGCAGCGAAGAACUCGGUGAUAUUGUUCGUCAAUUUGAUCAGACUCUGGCUCUGUCAGUGUAUUUGAGAGCCAAUGUGCCCGGCAAAGUCGUUACUGCGUUUGCUGAAACUGGUCAAUACAACAAGAUUAUUUUGUACGCUCAAAAAGUGGGUCAUCAACCAGACUAUGUGUCACUUUUGCAACACAUUAUGCGCAUUGAUCCUGACAAAGGCAGUGAAUUUGCUACUCUUCUCAUCAAUAAUGAUGGCGGUCCACUGGUUAAUCUAGAGGGAAUCGUUGACGUGUUUUCCUCAUUGAACAUGGUUCAACAGGCAACUUCUUUCUUGCUGGAUGCCCUUAAGGAAAACAAACCUGAACAUGCUGCUCUGCAGACUCGUUUGCUGGAAAUGAAUUUGCUGCACGCCCCGCAAGUUGCUGAUGCAAUUCUAGGCAAUGAAAUGUUUACGCACUAUGACCGUUCCUACAUUGCAAAUCUGUGUGAAAAGGCAGGGCUUUACCAACGCGCACUUGAGCACUACACUGACAUUUUUGACAUCAAACGGUCAAUUGUUCAUACUCACUUGCUCAAUCCUGACUGGGUAAUUACUUACUUUGGUACCUUGUCUGUAGACCAAUCUCUGGACUGUCUCAAAGAAAUGCUUGCCAACAAUAUUCGCCAGAACCUACAAAUUGUUGUAAAAAUUGCAACCAAGUACACUGAUCAGCUGGGCUCGUCUCAGUUGAUUAAUCUAUUUGAAACCAACAAAACCUUUGAGGGUCUUUACUAUUAUUUGGGAGCUAUUGUGAACUUCAGUCAGGAUGCCGAAGUUCAUUUCAAGUAUAUUCAAGCUGCUUGUCGUACUGGCCAGCUAAAGGAAGUCGAGCGUAUUUGUCGCGAAAGCAGUUGCUAUGAUCCUGAAAAAGUCAAAAAUUUCCUCAAGGAGGCUAAACUUCAGGACCAACUGCCAUUGAUUAUCGUCUGUGACAGAUUUAAUUUUGUGCAUGACUUGAUUCUGUUUCUUUAUCAAAACAGUAUGACCAAGUAUAUUGAAAUAUAUGUACAGAAAGUCAAUUCUUCUCGUACCCCUGAAGUCAUUGGUGCAUUAAUGGACGUGGACUGCGACGAGAUAAUCAUUAAAAACUUAUUGAUGUCUGUAACUGGUGCCAUUCCAGUAGAUAAGCUAGUCGAGGAAACAGAAAAGCGUAAUCGUCUCAAGAUUACUCUUCCAUGGCUUGAAGGAAAGGCUCAGACAGGAAGCACUGAACCUGCAGUUUACAAUGCUCUUGGCAAGAUUUACAUUGACACCAAUAGCAAUGCUGAACAAUUUCUCAAGACCAACCAACUGUAUGAUGCUGCAGUUGUGGGCAAGCAUUGUGAACGCAAGGAUCCUUACUUGGCAUUUAUUGCAUACGAACGUGGCCGAUGUGAUCAGGAACUUAUUCGUUUGACCAAUGACAAUUCCAUGUUUAAACAUCAAGCGCGAUAUCUUGUUGCUCGUCGUGACCAAGAUCUGUGGGCCACUGUUCUUGCCAUAGAAAACUCUUUCCGUCGUCAGCUUGUAGACCAAGUGGUUGCCACUGCACUUCCAGAGACGCAAGACCCUGAAGAUGUGUCGGUUACAGUCAAGGCAUUUAUGGCUGCAGAUCUACCCAACGAGUUGAUUGAGCUUUUGGAAAAGUUGGUACUGGAAGGCUCGGCAUUUAGCGAUAACCGUAAUUUGCAAAAUCUACUGAUUUUAACUGCUAUCAAGGCUGACAAAACCCGUGUAAUGGACUAUAUCAACCGUUUAGACAACUUUGAUGCGCCGGAUAUUGCCAAUAUUGCUGUUGGUAGCGACUUGUUUGAAGAAGCAUUUACUAUCUACAACAAGUAUGAGCAAUAUGUUGAUGCUAUCGGUGUUUUGAUUGCACAUAUUGGCAAUGUGGACCGUGCUGCCGAGUACGCUGAAAAGGUGGACCAACCUCCAGUAUGGAGUAAACUUGCCAAAGCCCAGUUGGACAAUGCCCGUGUCAAGGAAGCCAUCGAGUCCUAUAUGCAUGCUGAGGAUUUCACAAAUUUUGCAGAGGUCAUUCAUGUUGGUGGCCGAUCCAACAAAUUUGAAGAGCUGGUCAUUUAUUUGAAACAGGCACGCAAAACUGUACGUGAAGCCAGUGUUGAGAGUGAGCUAUUAUUUGCAUAUGCCAAAACUGCCCGUCUUGCAGAUCUUGAAGACUUUAUUUCUUCGCCCAACUUGGCCAACAUUUCGCAAGUCGGCGAUCGUUGCUUUGAUGAAAAGAUGUACGAGGCUUCCAAGAUUUUGUUUUCUAGUGUUUCCAACUGGGCACGCCUAGCUACUACUUUGGUUUUUUUACACGAAUAUCAACCUGCUGUGGAUUGUGCUCGAAAAGCCAAUGCCACCAAGGUCUGGCGUGAAGUGUGCCUUGCCUGUGUGGAUAACGGCGAAUUUCGUCUUGCCCAAGUAUGUGGUCUUCAUUUGGUAAUUCAUGCUGAUGAGCUUGAAAGUCUUGUCAAGCUGUACGAGCGCCGUGGUAGUUUUGAGGAACUGAUUCAGCUUUUGGAAGGUGGUUUGGGCUUGGAGCGUGCACAUAUGGGGAUGUUUACCGAACUGGCAAUCCUGUACUCUAAGCACCGCGCAGAAAAGCUGAUUGAGCACCUACGUGUAUUUUGGCAGCGUAUCAACAUUCCCAAGGUCAUUCGUGCUUGCGAAGAUGCUCAUCUGUGGGCCGAAUUGGUCUUUUUGUACACUCACUAUGACGAGUAUGACAAUGCCGCUCUUACCAUCAUGUCACACUCUGCUGAUGCUUGGGAGCAUACACUAUUUAAGGAUGUAAUUAUCAAGGUCAAUAAUAUUGAGAUUUACUACAAAGCGCUUCGCUUCUAUCUUGAAGAGCAACCAUUGAUGAUCAACGACUUGCUUACUGGUCUCACUCCUCGAGUCGACCACACUCGUGUUGUUUCAUUGUUUCAAAAAACCAACAAUUUGCCCCUAAUCAAGCCUUAUUUGAUCUCUGCUCAACAAACUACCAACAAUGCAGCAGUCAAUGCAGCUUACAACGAUCUUCUCAUUGAACAGGAAGAUUUCAACACUUUGCGUGAUAGUGUUGAAAACUUUGACAAUAUUGAACAUGUGAGUCUUGCUCAGCGACUGGAGAAGCAUGAGCUUCUUGAAUUUCGCCGUGUCGCUGCGUCUCUUUACCAAACAAAACGUAAAUACAAACUAGCCCUAGCCAUUUACAAACGCGACAACUUAUUCGGUGAUGCAGUCGAGACUGCUGCAUCGAGUAAAAAUUCCGAAAUUGCGCUCGAACUCUUGGAAUACUUUGUUGGCUUAAACAAGAAUGAUAUGGUUAUUGCAUGUUUGUAUCGGUGCUAUGAUCUGCUCAAACCUGAUGUGGUUUUGGAGGUAUUGUGGCGAAACGGACUUUCGGGAGUCGGUGUUCCUUUUGCUGUACAGACUGUCAAGGAUCUUGUUGAUCGCGUUGAAAGCCUUGAGAAAACGGUUCAGGAAUUGUCGAUAGGUGGUGCUGGAAAAGGAGGCGAUUUUGCUGCCGAUGGACAGGAUGGUGGGGUGGGUAUGAUGGGCAGACCUCUCAUGAUCACUUAUGGCGGUGCUGCACCUGCUGGUGGUGGUAUGCAGAUGCCUGGUCAGCACAUGGGAUACGCGGGUGCAAAUGGAAUGAUGCCUCAACAAGUCCCUCAGCAGUACACUGGUAUGAAUGGGUUUCAGAAUUUUUAAGCCACUAGGUGGAUGACAUGUUUGUGGGGAUUGUUUUGAUUCGUAUAUUCUACUCAGCCCGCCUUGGGUAACCCAAUCCGCCAUUUAACCCUCUAUUUUCACGUAUCUCGUUUAUUUAGUUGAACUGAAUUAAAGUUGAUUUUU